AGAAUCUUCCGAGCGGUCUGGGCCAAGAUGAGCUCAUCAGGUGAAACACGACUGGGAGGGAAGUUCUCGCCCGUGCUCAAAGUCUGGUGGGAGUGGCAGGAGGGGUGUAUGCUCGUGGCGCUUCUAGAAUGUCACGCGCGGCGCGGUGCUUGCGGUACUCGCUAUCUUCAGUUGCCAAGGAUUCACACUGACGUGCACUCGGCUUGUCGUGGGUUAUCCUCGGCGUAUGGCAAGCCCACCGGGGAACAAAGACGAGGGCUUCCGGUGAGAGCUUCCAGCGCGAGUGUGCCUUGCGGGUGCAUGCGGCGUCACCUCCCAAGGCCAGACCGGGUGGCUGUGUGUAGAGGGGCCGCAGUGACUCUGCCGAUCGGUCGAGGAGCCGGUGAGCAGGUGUUUCGCAAGCUUCAUCUCAAGUCAUGGUGGGUGUUGGAUCCACAACUUGUCAGAGAGUGCUCGGAAUGGCCACCUUUUCCCACUCGGGAUGGCACACGCAGGUCAGCUUGCAUGUAGCAGAGGACGUCAGAUGGCCCGCGCGUUUCCUGGGCCCAGAUACCACCCCUUCAUGGCCAGCUCUACCGCGCAGAACGCCGCGCGCUUGUGGAGUUAGGAAUGUUGGGCGGACUCGCCGUGCUGCGUCGACAAAGCUGACGAAGCACAUGAUCCGGCCCCGUGGUGUCUGCAGCACUCUCGACUGCCGGCUGCGCGGAAGGGACCCAGUGCAGCAAAAGAUGCCAGGAUCGAACAGCAUCACCUAUCGUCGCUCGCGCAGACGGCCGAGGGGUAUUCUCCGUCGCCCACCAGUGGAUGGGAUAGGCAAGCAUAGUGGCGCCAUGUAUGACAGGGGCCCGCGCUGGGCAGGUGGGUUAUCAGACAAGCAUCAUCACGCCAGUCCCUCGAGCUAGUCUUCAACGAAGCACACGCCCCUAGAGGUGUGCCUUGGCG